GAGGCGGUGCUGCGAGCAAAUCCCGGACGACCGAGAGCAGCAGUCAUCAUCAUCCUGUGAAUUUCUGCUGCUCAGAUUUCCCAUCUACUACUCGGCCACCCUCGUAUUUGUCCAAAAUGCGCGAAAUUGUGCACUUGCAAGCCGGUCAGUGCGGAAACCAGAUCGGUGCCAAGUUCUGGGAGGUGAUCAGCGAUGAGCAUGGCAUUGAUCCCACCGGUGCCUACCAUGGAGACAGCGAUCUACAGCUAGACAGAAUCAGUGUCUAUUACAAUGAGGCCACAGGUGGAAAAUAUGUUCCACGAGCCGUCCUGGUGGAUCUGGAGCCUGGCACAAUGGACUCAGUCAGGUCGGGUCCCUUCGGGCAGAUCUUCAGACCCGAUAACUUCGUCUUUGGUCAGAGUGGAGCUGGAAACAACUGGGCCAAGGGCCACUACACUGAGGGAGCCGAGCUGGUGGACUCCGUCCUGGAUGUCGUGAGGAAAGAGGCGGAGAGCUGUGAUUGCCUCCAGGGCUUCCAGCUCACUCACUCCCUGGGUGGCGGUACUGGCUCUGGCAUGGGCACUUUGCUCAUCAGCAAGAUCCGCGAGGAGUACCCCGACCGCAUCAUGAACACCUUCAGCGUGGUGCCUUCUCCCAAGGUGUCCGACACCGUGGUGGAGCCCUACAACGCCACUCUCUCCGUCCACCAGCUGGUCGAGAACACAGAUGAGACCUACUGCAUUGACAAUGAAGCUCUUUAUGAUAUCUGUUUCCGUACACUCAAACUCACCACCCCCACCUAUGGAGAUCUCAACCAUUUGGUGUCUGCCACUAUGAGCGGGGUGACCACAUGCCUGCGUUUCCCCGGCCAGCUCAAUGCCGACCUCCGUAAACUAGCCGUCAACAUGGUGCCCUUCCCCCGUCUGCACUUCUUCAUGCCAGGCUUCGCCCCCCUCACCAGCAGGGGCAGCCAGCAGUACCGCGCCCUGUCCGUGCCCGAGCUCACACAGCAGAUGUUCGAUGCCAAGAACAUGAUGGCUGCCUGUGACCCACGCCACGGACGCUACCUCACCGUGGCUGCCGUGUUCCGGGGACGCAUGUCCAUGAAGGAAGUGGACGAGCAGAUGUUGAACGUGCAGAACAAGAACAGCAGCUAUUUCGUUGAAUGGAUCCCCAACAAUGUGAAGACCGCCGUCUGUGACAUCCCGCCCCGUGGCCUCAAAAUGGCUGCCACGUUUAUCGGCAACAGCACCGCCAUUCAGGAGCUCUUCAAGCGCAUCUCUGAGCAGUUCACUGCCAUGUUCCGUCGUAAGGCCUUCCUCCACUGGUACACCGGGGAGGGCAUGGAUGAGAUGGAGUUCACAGAGGCAGAAAGCAACAUGAACGACCUGGUGUCCGAGUACCAGCAGUACCAGGACGCCACCGCUGAGGAGGGCGAGUUUGAGGAAGACGGAGAUGAGGAAGUCGCCUAAAAAAUCCGCCAUUCAGACCUCUAAACAUAAUUUUUCCUCAACUGUUCCUUACAACCCUUCCCAUCAGGAAUUUACAUUCACACUUUGAAAACAUCAUCUAAUCCAUCGCUCUAGUAUUAUACAUUGAUGUGUACCAAUACUAGUACAUGUAAUGCUUUAAAUGUUUUUGUAUGUUGUUUUUGCACUGAAUUACUGUCAUCCUUACAUUUGUCCUGUCAUUGCCUUGCAGAAUUAAAAACCAAGUGAUUUUAACUGUGAAUCCUUGAGUUUGGAGGGUAAGUAAAAUGUUAAUAAAAGCCUUUUACUGC